AUGUCUACUGCUGGAAAAGUUAUUAAAUGUAAAGCAGCGGUAGCUUGGGAAGCUGGAAAGCCGCUAUCUAUUGAAGAAAUCGAAGUUGAUCCACCAAAAGCUGGAGAAGUACGGGUAAAAAUUCUUGCUACCGGUGUCUGUCACACAGAUGCAUAUACUUUGUCCGGAAAAGAUCCAGAAGGAGUCUUUCCAGUCAUAUUAGGGCAUGAAGGCGGUGGUAUAGUCGAAAGUGUUGGAGAGGGUGUGACGUCCGUGAAGCCCGGCGAUCAUGUGUUACCUCUGUACGUCCCACAGUGCAAAACAUGUAAAUUCUGUCAAAACCCUAAAACCAACCUAUGUCAGAAAGUGAGAAUCACGCAGGGACAAGGUGUCAUGCCUGAUGGCACGAAGAGAUUCCGAUGCAAAGGUCAAGAGCUGUUCCACUUCAUGGGAUGCUCAACGUUCAGUGAAUAUACCGUAGUUCUAGAAAUUUCGUUGUGCAAGAUAGCAGAUGCCGCGCCUCUCGAUAAGGUAUGUCUAUUGGGAUGUGGUGUGACAACCGGCUACGGAGCCGCUCUCAAUACAGCGAAGGUCGAACCGGGUUCAAACUGCGCUAUAUUCGGUCUCGGAGCUGUCGGCCUGGCCGUAGCUCUCGGUUGUAAAGCGGCGGGGGCAAAUCGCAUCAUAGGAGUCGAUAUUAACCCUGACAAAUAUGAGAUUGCCAAAAAGUUUGGUGUCAAUGAGUUCGUCAAUCCCAAAGACUACGACAAACCCAUCCAGCAAGUACUGGUUGACUUGACAGAUGGAGGUUUGGAGUACACAUUUGAGUGCAUCGGUAAUGUUAAUACUAUGCGUGCUGCUCUGGAGGCCUGUCAUAAGGGUUGGGGUGAGUCUGUUAUCAUUGGUGUGGCCGCUGCCGGGGAAGAGAUCAGCACCCGUCCAUUCCAGCUUGUGACCGGCCGUGUAUGGAGAGGAACAGCCUUUGGAGGCUACAAGAGCCGUGACAGUGUUCCAAAGUUGGUUGAUGACUACCUCAAUAAGAAACUUCCUUUGGACGACUUUGUUACUCAUAAAGUACCUCUGAGUGAGAUCAACGAGGCCUUCCAUUUAAUGCAUAUUGGAAAAUCCAUUCGUGCUGUUGUUGAGUUUUAA